AUGGCAAAGAGGAUAGAAAGCCCAAAGAGGCUGGACGGGUUGGAGAGGCCACAAAGGCCAGAAGGGUUGGCGAGCGAUGCAGAGACGCUCGCCGAGCUGCUCGAGCGCAACAGCGAGAUUCAGAAGGUGGAUGCGGCGGAUGCGCAGAUUCAGCACGCUGCUUCAAGGGAAGACGUGCCGGUUGAGCCAAAGGCAGCGGACGCAGGAAAGAGGGAAAAGCACAAGAAAAAGGAGAAAAAGGAGAAGAGAGAAAAGAAGGACAAGAAGCAGAGGGAUAAGAAGGAUAAAAAGGAGGGAAAGGAAGCAAAGGAAAAACGAGACAGAAGGCAUGAGCCCAAGCAAAGAGAGGCAGACGUGGGUGGGAACCUGGAACCAGAACCCGGUAGCCUUGAUGCCAAGGCGUUGGAGAUGAAGCUUUGGCGCCGGGAGGCCAAGGAGAUGCGGCGCCAGCAGCGGGCGCUGAAGCGAGAGGAGCGGCAGUUCAUGAGGGCGGAGAUGGAGGAGCUGGCGCAAGAGGCUGAGGGUCUCGAGGCGAUCGACCAACUCAUCGAGGAGCAGCUGGUGAAGGAGCUCAAUGAACUGGAGCGCCUCAGGAAGCAGGCCAAGACGAAGCGCGUGCUCCCCGCGACGGCCAGCGUUGAGGGCGUGGAGGUGGAGGGCGCGGAGGGUGCUGUGGACGGCGCAGAUGCAGAGGGCACCGAGUCCACACUGCCGAUGCCGAACGACCCCAUGAACCCGCUCAACGCAGCCUAUGACAUGCGUGCAUAUGAACUGCUCCGGAAGCUGCGUCUUGAUGAAGAGCAUCAAAUCUCGCAGAUCGCCCUGGAUGAGCCGGAGUGGGACCAUUUGGGCUACUUGCGGCGCUCUCCGUCUCCAUGCCGUUUACGCACGAAGGGCGCCAUGUGGCCCACCCGCAAGGGUGCCUGGCGCAGCCGUGCUGGCGGGGUUUAUUUGCCUCCGGAGAAUGCGGAGGAGCGGCCAGGCUCGCGCAGCCCCAGUCCGGCCAAGUGGAUGUACCCCGAGGAGUUCAACCGACCCGUGCAGAGCCAUGGCUGGGUUUUUUGCACAUGGGGCUUUGGGUGA